GGUGAAUGCCUCUCGUCUUCCUCAGUGUGCUUUGGCUACGGGUACCGGUCGUGUCCCCUUUGCUAGCGCGCGAUCAUGGCUAGCAGAGGGAGAGAAUGUAUGUGAUUUUCCCCCUGGACGACUUGUUAGAUCUGAAUAGUGCGAAAGGAAGUAAACGUGAGACAUCGUCGUCGUCGGCCCAACAGAGCCAUAAGAGGCACACUGUGCAAGUUUUGCCUCCUUCCCAACCUAACCAACAACUUCCCAGUCAACUUCAACCUCCCUUGAAUCAGCUGCUCCCUAAUCCUCAAAAGCCAACACCACCACAACAAAAACUGCAACAACAACAACAACAGCAACAACAACAACUGAAACUACAGAAAACUACUUCUCAAAAGACACCGUCCAAAGCGUCCACUAGUAGCCAACCCUCUCCACUUAGUCCUCAGCUACCGAGCAGUGUUCCUAGUAGUAGCAGUAGCAGCCACAGUAGUUCACUGAAGCAACCGCCUAGAGCACAACAUCGGCCUCAUCAACACGCAGACAUCUUGCCUAAGCAGAGGCAACCAUCAUCCUCAACUGAAACGUCUUCUGUAUCCUCCACUGGUGCUAAGGCCAAAGUUCUGCUGAGUCCGCCGUCCUCUGGAGUAAAGUACGUGGCCAACCGCUCCUCGUGGGCCGGGAGUCCUACGGGACCCCCGCGGGAGUCCUCGGUGACCCGAAGCAACAGUUUCAAGGCUCGGGACGACCUUAACGUUGACGGCAGUAGCCAGGAAAUCGCUACAGCCAUUAACCAGAAAUUUAAUAGCUUAAGAGUUAAAGAUCAUAGAAGCAGGGACAAUUCGCAGGAUUCUCGUGACAGUGGAAAUACUAGUGGAAGCCAAAGCUUCAGGUCCCAUAUUGUUAAAAGUGAAAGUUUUAGGUCGUACCUAAGCAGUGGUGGCGUACAGAGGCCUCAGUCUAUUGCUGAUAUAGCAAAGUCUCAGCAACUCGUCGCUGAGAGUGUAAAACCACAACAGGCGCCUGUUGCUGAGAGUGCGAAAUCGCAGCAGGUGUCAAUUGGUGAGAGUGUGAAAACUCAGCAGGAGUACCUGCCCCAGAGUUCACGGCGACCCCCAGCUCAGAGGCACCCUAGCGGCAGUAGCCGCCACAGUUCGGGGAGCCAGAGGGCUUCUGACCAGUCGCUUUUCCCCGGUUCUGGUCCUAGUGCUGCCGGUGGGGCGACAGCAGCAGGUCGAGGAGCCGGGGCUAACGUGAAGAGUCAGGCGGGGCUUCGUGGCCUCCAGAAGAGCGUCAUGGCAAGCGAAAUCAGCUUCCGUGACCUCACACACCCUUCUGCGAACGAAACACUCAAGGCACAAAACUCUGUCACCUUCAAACUCGUCAAAACAGUUUCAGACUUCACCGCUCAACUCUCGAGGAUCCACGAGCAGCACGCUGAAGAAAUACAGCGACUGGUAGAAACCUUCAGGAAAAAAAAUUCAGAACUUCGCAAUGAACGACCCCCGUGCCCCAACCAGAUGUUCCAGGCGUGGGAGACGCUCCUGCAGGAGGUUGAGGUCGACUCACAAAUCCACUCUGACGUAGCAGGAACUCUCAACAGGCAGGUGUCCCGUCCGCUUAUCGAAAAGACUUUCUACAGGAAGAUACAGUCGCGCAAGGUCUUCACCCACCGGGAGAGCUUCGACACCAUACUGGCCAAGACCGAGGACAUGCUGAAGAAGUGUCGCCGGGACUACAGCGAGGCCUACCAGAGCCACUGUCGCUCCCAGAACAACGCCUCUCUCGCUAACUACUUCGAUGCCCACAACGCGUACAUUCAGCAGCUGCACGCCACCAACGGCAUGCUCCAGGAGUACCACAACACCACGCUCCCCGCGCUCCUCGAGGAGCUGGAGACGGUCUACCUUGACGUGAGCAGCAUUGUGGCCGACUGUAUCCUGCAGGGAGCCGACAUCGUUGCUGCUAAGGCCCUGGAGCAGAGCCGGAGAUACGACUCUCUCUGCAACAUCUGUCGGUCUGCGGACGGGCGGACAGACAUGGCGUCACUAGUGCGGUCACUGGAGGCGCCCACGGGACAGCCAGUCCGGCCCCCUCACUACCGCUACUCCCCGCCCCAGCCCGCACCGCCCCUCGAGGCACCGAACGGAGAGCCCCUACCUCAGGAGCCUCCCCCGCCCGUCCCUCUCAGGAAUGAGCUCAUCCUGGACCGGCUAGCGGCGCUCUCCUCUAGGAACCGGUACGAGGCCCUCCGGAAGGAGGCUGGAGACCUGGAGCGGCAGAUCGCCCAGCUGUUGGAAGCCCAGGACACCCUCGUCAGGAUCCAGCAGAGAAGCAUCGAGUCGUCGGUGUUCAACAAGGCCAACGAGCUGCAGGAGGACAUCAGCAUCAAGCGCUUCGACCUUCGGGUGGCCCAGGUGCACCUCUCCGCCGUCAGAGCUCAGGUACAGUGCCUCACCAUCCAGUUCUUGUUCUUAAAUGGCAUCUCUACGUUUUCCAGUUUCACACAUGAUGCUGAUGUUAUUCUGUAUUCGUGCACCACCUAUGUUAAGGACAGUGUUAAAUACACGGUCAAGACCUUGUCCAAAUAA